AAUAUGUGGGGAUAUUCCCGCUACUUCUCACUCGCACUCUACAGUCCGACGCGGAGAGGACCAAAUCUCCGAUGUUCCUUUUGCUUUCAUACUAACAAAGGGUUUUAGAGAUUUAUCAACACACCGAUGGAAGAGGGUUUCAAACCUUCCGGUUACAAAGAGUACUUUGCGGGCUUGUUCGCUGGUGUUGCCACCGUUAUCAUCGGUCAUCCCUUCGAUACUGUGAAGGUUAAGUUGCAGAAACACAAUACGACAGUACAUGGGAUUACAUAUAGGAAUGGCUUCCAUUGCUUUGCUAGGAUACUUGCAACUGAAGGGGUAUGCUUCUUGAUCCUUGUUUUUCCCCUUUCCCUAUCUAGAACCCUGUUCGUAAAUUUGUUCUUUGGUGAGAAUUAGACCAUUAUUUUAUAUCUAACGAAAUACUGCGGUGGAAAGAGAUCAUGUUAUUCUUU